AAAGUGAUUUAGAGUGUACAGUUGUUUUCAAAAAUGGCUCCUGUGUACAUGAAAUUGUUUAUUUUGGUGGUUUUUUUGGUGGGAGUGGGUUUCUGUCAGAAUAAUACCACCACGAUUGCUGCUGUCACUCCGACGGCGCCCACGACGGCCACGACGGCUACUGGAACUUCUGUAUCGUCGUCGUCAUCAUCAGCUACCGUCGCCACUUCUUCACCGACAACAGCUACGCAAUCUAUGGCUCAGAACUUUGGCGCAUUCGUAACGGCUGUUCCAUGGGGUAUCGUACAAGCCUGUAAAUAUGGCGCGAAGACGUUUGAAAGCUUCUUAAGAGCAAUUAUCGCACAUAAACAGUUCUAAUAAAGGUCAUUUAGUUUUUUCCAA